GACAUGAAAGGAUUGGCUUGUCAUGGGCAUGCGGCCAUGGGCAAUAUGCCCUGGACGAGCAUGACCGUGACACCCAGCACACUAGAUGGAUUGGGCUGGUCUGCUGUUGCUGGAUUGGUUAGGUCGCGCACUCUGGAUUGGCUGGGCCGCAUACGCUGGAUGGGCUGUGCCACACACGCCGAAUGGGCUGGGCCUCGCACGCUGGAUUGGCUAGGCCGCACACACUCGAUUGGGCUAGCCGUACUCACUCAAUGGGCUGGGCCGCGCUCCCUCGAGUGGGCUUGGCCGCACACGCUGGAUGGGCUGGGCGGCGCACGCUGGUUGCGCUGCGUUUCGUUUGUUGGUUCGGCUGGGCCGCUUGCGGUUAAGUGCGCUGGGUGUCACAACCUUACUAUGAAGAGAGUAGGUUGUGACCCUCACGCCAUGACAAGCAAAGGGGCGUCCCUCAAGAGACGCCCAUCCGGCCAUAUGUGGGCCAACGUAGAAGAAUGCCAUGAUGCGAUCGAGGAGGACGAUGCAUCAUCCAACACACCACCACGCAAAGUGGGUAUUGAAGACAUGUUGAGACACAAGCAUAACAGAGACAUCAGCAUAGACAUGAAGGACAAGAUAGGCUUGUUGAAGGGCCGGGUAGGGCCCCGGGCCUUAACCUCAAAAGUCGAGGUUCCGGAAGGAAUUUGGUCAUGCGGUUCGGGAGUUAAGUCCGUCCAUAUGAAAUAUGAAUGCUCGCCAAGUUUGGUGUCGAUCGGACAUUGGACGGACAAUCAUGUCUACUCCUGGUAGAAUGAAAAUGGCUCAAAA